UGGCGCCAUCUGCUGGAAGAAGGCAGACAGUGCAGGCAACAUGGCGGCGGCCGUGAGGUCGUUGUGUCGUUCAGUGCUGAGACACUCCAGCAGACAGUUUAGCACCACAUGUGGAUGUCAGGCUGGAGAUAAAUGGAGGAAUGAGCAUGGACUCGCCCGCAGCGGCUCAGAGUACGGACCCAUGACAGAUCUGCCUGACUGGUCCUUUGCAGAUGGAAGACCAGCACCUCCAUCAAAGGGAUACCUGAGACGGCGGCAAACCAGAGAGGCCUUAUCGAGACGUAUUGUGAUGCUGAACUCUGAGAUGGAUUUUGGAAUAAAAGCCUACAGAGAGCGACAGGAGGAGGAACAAAGGAAGGAGGAGCACCAAAAGUCUCUGCUGCUCAAACCUAAAGGGAAGUUGUUACUCAAGAAAAACUCUCAAAGUUAGACUCGGAGUUUGACGCUUGUCCAUUUUUUAUUAUUAUUUGAGCUCUAAUGUUUUGAUGUAAUAAACGUCACUUCUGUCUGUCUGGAUGCUAUUUGGAGUUUUGAUGUGAACAAACGGGGCUAAAACGAGUUCUGAUAAGUCGUGGCUCAGACUGUCCACUAGGAGGCAGCCUCUCUCCGGCUGAAGUUUGGCUGAAGGCUCCAACUCCAUUUCGUCUGGAUCAGAGCUCAGAGAGGAGGUUCUUAGCUUUUGGCCCAGAAGAGGAAGGGCGGAGCCGGCAAACACAAAGCAGCACUGACUCGUGUGAUGUCAUAAAACACAUAAAGAAUGUUGCUCAAGCACACAGAUCGGAGGAAAAAAGUUUAAAAACAAACAUUUUUAACACCACUGGGCAGAUAAAUCAUAAAAAAUAAAUGGGCACUAAAGCCCAGAUGGAGUACCAGGUUCGACUUGUCAGCGCUCUGAAGUGAAGUUUUUAUGGAGCAUCUGUAAAAAUGGAAAAUGUUGGAAUGAGCUGUUCAGCAGUCUGAAGUCUGCAGAGGACAUUUGGUGGCUGGAAGUAAGCCGGCACGCUGUUUGAACCACACAGGCCGAUAUUUAAUACUUUGAGGUCGAAUUCCAGCAGGAAAAACUGCUUCCUGUUUGCUCAGUUACCGUGUAACACAGAGAACCCAAAUCCUCCUUUUUAGCCCCAAAGCAUGGAUUGGUCCUGAAACUGUACAUCAGAAAAAAAAUGAUUAAAAAAAA